AUUAUAAGUUAUUGGUUUAGAUAUAUUUGGUGCAAGCUGUACUGUAAGGUUUCUAUUUUCAACAAUCGUAAUCGCUUCAGUAAGAUAAACAGCCCUGACCACGAAUGAAUAUUCCAUUAAGUUAAAACAUUAAGAUAAAAUUGAUACCCUUAAUAUAUCAAAUUGUUACAAGACAAUCACAAAUGCUCACUUGUGUAGGUAAAAUUGGGCAUAUUUUUAAUACAUGAGCUUCACAGGCUUACAACGCACUACCACUUACCCAACACUUUAGGCUUAAUAAGUCCUGCACGUCUGUUUUCUACAGACCUACCUCUUCAGCUCAUCUGUUCAUCACAACCUUCCCACGCUCCGGGUCAUGCUAGUCAAGACAAGUUUCCUGAGAAAAGCCAGACUCCAGAAGAAGUUGGGGAGGAAUGCUCUGAUGAGGAGGACUCCAUGCCAUCAAAUGAGAAAGACGUAAAAGCUCACCGGUACAGACGCAGGAAGCAGCUAUGUGCUCACAACUACCCGGUGAAGUGGGCAGCUAACGCCUACAAGGUCUGGGCCGAGCAGGAAAACGGAAAGCUGUUAGCAAAAGAACCUUGCGAAAGGUUUCUAGCUCCCACCGAUUGGACAAGAGUCACCCCACCGGAGGCAAAUUUUUGGGUCAGCAAGUACCUUACCGAAGUGAGGAAGCAGGAUGGGAAACCCUACACACCUAGUACGUUACACACACUCGCUCACGGGCUGGACCAUCACAUCAAGGAGGACCUGGGAAUCAACCAUUUGGAGCUGAUGUCCAGCAAUCCACAGUUCGCAGACGUGCGAAACGCCCUUCUCAACCAGAAACAACUCUACGGCCACUUGGAGGGGAUCUCCAAGUCUGGAGUGAAGGAGUUCACAGAAGAAGAUGAGGUUGAGCUGUGGAGAAAGGUUUUUGACUUAAACACUUCACAGGGACUGUUGUACGCCGUGUACUACCACAACUGCAAGUUAUUUGGCGUCUGGACCGGAGAGGAGCACCACAGUUUGACCGUGUCACAGUUCAGCUUCGGUCAAGACAACAAAGGGCAGUUCAUCAAGUUCAUUCGACAAGGACGCAAGAAAAAAGCCCAGGGAAAAGAGUAUACCUACUAUGCAGUUCCAGGGAACCCAUGGUGUGUGGUCAGCCUGUACCAGUUAUACCUCAGUAAGAUUCCUCCAAAAGGACCUUUCUACUUCAGGCCUGUAACAAACCCUAGUCAGAGCCACCUGUGGUACAGUGCACAGCCUGUUGGACACAACUAUUUUGCCACCAUUAUGUCAAAGUUAGCGGAUAUGAUCGGGCUGGACGGGCGUUACACUGCUGCUUCUGUCUGCAAGGAAAGGCCACUACGUGGAGACCUGCCCUGCAGUAAGAGGCUGUGUUCCCAUGAACACCUGCCCAUUCCAACUGUACAUGGCACCACAUGCACACUGGCUCCAGUAAACAUAGCACCCAAGUCGUCAUCAGUCCAUUCAGCUGCAGCAGCUUCCAGUUCUGCCAGCUUCACAGAUGGAACUCCAAACCCGAGCUUGUUCAUGUUAGUUCCAGUGGCCAGCUCUAUGGCAGGCACAGGGGAACUAGGUAAUGAGCAAAAUAUAGACUAACCACGC